ACAAUAGAAGAGACGGAUGCAGCCAGGACAAACGUUCUUUCCUCAUUUUUUCUUUGCUCCCGACCAGACAGCAGUCCUGACUCAUUCUGUGGCUGUUUGUUCUCCUGCAGCAGCUGGAGAAAUAAAACUGUGACAACAUGUGUGAAGAGGCAGAUAAUAGCAGCAAGAAGAAGAAAGGCUUUUUCAAGAAGCCCGAUGAAGGACUGUGGUAUGCAACAUCGAUGGUGCUUAUAUAUGCGGUCUGGUGUGCUCUGGUGCUUAUUUUGGCAGCAUCAGGACAACUCUGGAACAACCAGAGCCUUGGGUGUGGGCUCAACACUGAGUUUGAGUCCAGGUUGGAAAACGAGGCCCAGCUGAUUUAUGUGUGGUCAGGGUGUAAUCUGGUGUUCUGUACGUUGCUAGUGUUGGCAAUUUGGAAAAGAAAGGGCUGCUGGACACUAAUAUAUUGGGCUUCGUUUUUUGUCUUUGUGGCUAUGAAUGGGACGUUAAUUCAUCUCGUCAGAAAAAACAGUCAGGAGAUACAAACAUUUCAGAAGAAAUACUUGCCACUGCUGCCUUUUACAGAUACAAUAAAAAACCCAUGGUCAAACGGAGGCAUACUCACUGAGAUGAACUGCUGGCAGACUCAGUUUAAGUGUUGUGGACUUCAAGGCUUCCAAGACUGGAAUACUACCUUUCCAGACUCCUGCUUUUACGACGAAGAGCAGGACAACAACUGGGUUGGAACUUCUUUGCUUCCAAGAAGAAAUAUUUACGAGAAGGCUUGUUUCCCUACAAUCACAUCUCUUGUAGAGAAACGCAGCUCUGCUGUUUGGAUCAUCACAAUAGUUUGGCUAACCGUCAUCGCUGCUCCAUUUGUCAUCUUUGCCCUGGGCGCAGUGGUCAUGUGCUUUGUUGGUAGUUGUCUAAUUUGCGAGGUAAGCUAUAAACUGAGCGUCUUGAAAUACAGAAUCUGUGGAGGAGAGAAAAUGGUUCCAGUGGUGUUCAUCAGAAAGAACAAUAACAACCAAAAGGAGAAGGAAGACGUGGAAGCUAAAGAAACCGUCUGGGAGGAUGGAGUUAUCUUGGAGGGUGUGGAUGACAACCCAUUGAGAAUGAUUCCUGUGUCUCUGCUGAGGAGGCUGCAGGAAGAGCUGGACCCACCGCCAGUCCAACAUCAGGUACAGAAUUCACAUUAUUGUUUAAUGCACUCAUCUAAUGCAACCAGGAAGUUCUACACAGUGCUGAUAGAAGACGGUUCACCGCUGCUGCCCAGUGACGCCGUGCUAGUCGAAAGUGACAAACCCACCAGAUUUUGUUGUUGGGAAGAGGGACACAAGGAUUUUGACGUUAAAGAUAUUGUUUGGCCAAAAGACAGACUGAACAGAAGUACACCAUGCUAGUGUUGUAACUCCAGUGUGUUGGUGCAGUGUACAACAAUGCUGCUUGUUCUUUCUGUAAGUGUCUCUGGAUCUCAAGCUACAUGUCUCUGAUCUGAAGCCGCAUCACCCAUUGCUACCCUGCCACCCCCACCACGCUCAUCCCCACUCUCCCCCCACCGAUUGAGGCAGAUGGCCGCCUUCCCUGAGCCUGGUUCAGUCAGAGUUUUUCUCCCUGUCCCUAUUCCUGGGAUUUUUAUUCCUUCCCACCAUUACUCGGGGAAUCCAAAAAGUUUUCUGUUCUGUUUAUAAUUCAUAAGGUCUGUAUCUUACUAUGCUAUGCGCUGUGAGAUGACAUAUGUUGUGAUUUUGCGCAAUAUAAAUAAAGUUGAAUUGAAUGUGUUUUUCCUAUUGCUUUUCACAUCAAAAUGUAAAAUCUAAAGAACUGUGUAUUAGAAAAGGUCUUAUUGCUAUUAACACUAUUAGUGCCUGUUCCACUUGAUAAGCCUGUUAACAAUGAUUAUCUGAAAGCCGUUUUAGCUUUACAAAGGUUCUUCUCUGUUUCAUUUGAUGUAAUUGAAAACUUAUAUAAAAUUCACUUUUUAAAUACAUUUUCUGCAGUGAAUUGUCAGAAAACAGAUAGCACAUCUAUGGUGCCAGCGCUUAGACAUUAAACUGGUGCUGUUGAACCUCUGAUAUAUCUCGUGAUGGCGAUGCUCACAAUUCACUACAGAAAAAUUUGUGCCAAAGUGGGUGUAAAAUUGAUUUGGUUGUGGUUUUUAACAGGGCUCAAAUGUUUUUUCCACUCUGAAAGUCUCAUGUUUCUAUAUUCUUUAUGUAAGAAAAAAAAUAUAAAAUGAAUAAUAAAGCUGGAAAUUUCGACCCA